CCCGGAAGUAGGUGCUUGGGCGGCCGGCUCGCCCGGGGCCAUGGCAGCCGCCGCGCCUGCAGCGGAGGGGUUCCCAGGCCGGGGUCCUCCGGGGGAGGUGAUUCAUCUGAACGUGGGAGGCAAGAGAUUUAGUACCUCCCGUCAGACUCUCACCUGGAUCCCAGACUCCUUCUUCUCCAGUCUCCUGAGCGGACGCAUCUCGACUUUGAAAGAUGAGACCGGAGCCAUCUUCAUCGACAGGGACCCCACCGUUUUCGCCCCCAUCCUCAACUUCCUGCGCACCAAAGAGUUGGACCCCAGGGGUGUCCAUGGUUCCAGCCUCCUCCACGAAGCCCAGUUCUAUGGGCUCACUCCUCUGGUUCGCCGCCUGCAGCUGCGGGAAGAAUUGGAUCGAUCUUCUUGUGGAAACGUUCUCUUCAAUGGUUACCUGCCUCCACCAGUGUUCCCAAUGAAGCGACGGAACCGGCACAGCCUGGUGGGGCCCCAGCAGGCAGGGGGACGGCCAGCGCCUGUUCGAAGGAGCAACACCAUGCCCCCCAACCUGGGCAACGCGGGGUUGCUGGGCCGAAUGCUAGAUGAGAAAGCCCCUCCCUCCCCAUCCGGGCUGCCGGAGGAGCCAGGGAUGGUGCGCCUAGUAUGUGGACACCACAACUGGAUCGCUGUGGCCUAUACGCAGUUUCUUGUCUGCUACAGGCUGAAGGAAGCCUCUGGCUGGCAGCUGGUGUUUUCCAGUCCCCGCCUGGACUGGCCCAUCGAGCGACUGGCACUCACAGCCAGGGUACUUGGUGGGGCUUUGGGUGAGCACGACAAGAUGGUGGCAGCGGCCACGGGCAGCGAGAUCCUUCUAUGGGCUCUGCAGGCAGAAGGCGGUGGAUCUGAGAUAGGAGUCUUCCAUCUGGGGGUUCCUGUGGAGGCCUUAUUCUUUGUAGGGAACCAGCUCAUCGCUACAAGCCACACGGGGCGCAUUGGGGUGUGGAAUGCCGUCACCAAGCACUGGCAGGUCCAGGAGGUGCAGCCUAUCACCAGCUACGACGCGGCAGGCUCUUUCCUCCUCCUGGGCUGCAGCAAUGGCUCCAUCUACUACGUGGAUGUGCAGAAGUUCCCCCUGCGCAUGAAGGACAAUGACCUCCUUGUGAGCGAGCUCUACCGGGACCCAGCAGAAGAUGGGGUGACAGCCCUCAGCGUCUACCUCACCCCCAAGACCAGUAAGCUAUUACCUGACUCCCCCCGCCACCAGCAGCCACCCCCGUCUGCAGCUGUCUCCCCACUGCUUGGGUAGUGUGACCCACUGAGACUUAACGGAAGAGGAGACAGACUUACCUGUCACUUAGUCAUUCAGCAAAUGCUCACCGAGCACCAUUGUGUAUAAGCACUGUUCUAGACAGUGGAACUGGCCGGCCUCUCCACCAGGGGCAAACCUGGCCACUAGGCGUCCAU